AUGGCUCCCAGUAACACUCUCAUGAUGCACAUGGAGGAGAAGAUACUGCCAAAAGAAAAGAAUAAACUGAGGAAGCCGGUGGUGGAGAAAAUGCGUCGUGACCGGAUUAACAGCAGCAUCGAGCAGCUGAAACUGCUCCUGGAGAAGGAGUUCCCGAGACACCAGCACAACUCCAAGCUGGAGAAAGCUGACAUCCUGGAAGUGGCUGUCAGCUACCUGAAGCAGCAGAACCAGCUGCAGGACCAUGCAUUCAUGCACAAGAACCUAGAGCAGGACUUCAACAGUGGAUACCUGCGGUGCCUCAAGGAAGCUAUGCAUUUUCUGUCCUACUAUGAACCCAAAAAGGAAACUCAAGUGCAGCUGAUCAGGCACUUCUGCAAAGCUCAGAUGGGGGCAGAUGUCAUGUACUCUCCUGCUCCGCGCAGUUCGCCUCUGUCACCAUGUCUGUUCACCAGAAAGCAGCCUGCCCAGAAGACGGUGGCUGCUGCUCCUACCAUCUGGAGACUCGGGAAACCUAUCGCAGAGAAACUGUGUCAUGAUUGGAAUAACAGCAACAUCAAGCAGCUGAAACUGCUCCUGGGGAAGGAGUUUCACCAGCCCAACUCCAAGCUGCAGAAGCCGACAACCUGGAGAUGUCAGAUACCAAAAUACAGCCGAG